AUGGAUUCCAAAAUGGACGUUGACGUGGGAAAGCCGGCGCAGCCUCAUGGCUUGUCACCUGCCUCAGACCCGCAAUCUAUACCGACACUCGAUGGAUGGAUCGAGAGCUUGAUGGACUGCAAACAACUGGCCGAGAGUGAUGUCGCAAGGCUCUGCGAUAGGGCUAGAGAGAUUCUCCAAGAAGAGUCGAAUGUUCAGCCAGUGAAAUGCCCCGUCACAGUUUGCGGUGACAUUCACGGACAGUUCCACGAUUUAAUGGAACUGUUUCGAAUCGGCGGACCGAAUCCUGACACGAACUACCUCUUUAUGGGAGACUACGUGGAUCGUGGCUAUUACUCCGUCGAGACCGUGACCCUCCUUGUCGCCCUCAAGAUCCGAUACCCUGCUAGAAUUACAAUCCUCCGUGGUAACCACGAGUCUAGACAGAUUACCCAAGUGUACGGGUUCUACGACGAAUGUCUGAGGAAAUAUGGCAAUGCCAAUGUCUGGAAAUAUUUCACCGACCUGUUCGACUAUCUCCCCCUGACCGCCCUCAUUGACAAUCAGAUCUUCUGCCUGCACGGUGGGCUCUCGCCCAGCAUCGACACGCUCGACAACAUCAGAUCCCUCGACCGGAUUCAGGAAGUCCCGCACGAAGGACCCAUGUGCGAUCUCCUGUGGAGUGACCCAGACGACAGAUGUGGAUGGGGAAUCAGUCCAAGAGGAGCAGGAUACACUUUCGGUCAAGACAUUUCGGAAGCGUUCAAUCACAACAACGGUUUGACCCUGGUGGCCAGAGCGCAUCAACUGGUCAUGGAAGGAUACAAUUGGAGCCAGGAUAGGAACGUGGUCACCAUCUUCAGCGCGCCCAAUUACUGCUACAGAUGUGGUAACCAGGCUGCUAUCAUGGAGAUCGACGAGCAUCUGAAGUACACUUUCUUGCAAUUCGACCCUUGUCCUCGAGCCGGUGAGCCCAUGGUCAGCCGAAGAACACCGGACUACUUCCUCUGA